AAAUGCGAGCGAAGGAAAAGCUUAUUACUAGAGGGUGGUUUGAGGCACGGCAAGCCUACCAGCAUAAAGUCAAUAUCGCCUGUCAGUUUUAGUCUUAACUUUCACCAUUAGUCCCUAAAGAAGAGGACAAAACACCCGAAAGAGAAACACGGACUAACCAGGAGCUGGACAGCAACAGGAGCUAACGAGCAGACCCUUUCAAGAUUCUUUGAAUAAACAGAAAGAAGUAGGGAAAAUGACCUAAUUAGCAGCAAGUGUGACGGGCAACCUCGUGCAAAUGUGUUGGUGGUAAUUCUCCCAGUUUCAUCCACGAGGGAGACACAUGCAUCAGAGCACAUACACAUACCACACAACUCCAAACUCUGCCCUUCCCUUCCUGCUAUCCUUCCCAGUCCUCCAUGGAUUCUUACAACUUCCACUUUGAGAGAAUGAGCAACGUGGACCUGCAUCCUCUGAGCCUGUCAGUCAGUCGGCUCUCCCCAGCCAAGUCCAACAGCAGCAUUGCUGACCAACUUGCCCAUCACCAACACGGCAAAGGAGACUCUGCUUAUAGCUCCUUCUCUGGAGGGUCUAAUGCCCCAGACUACCCCUCUCCCUUUCUCCCAGAAGACCUGCAGUCCAGCCACUUCAGCCACUAUGCUGAUCUUAAGUAUGUAAAGUCCAUCUACAACCCAACCCAGGUUCUCCAAUCUGACUCAAAGGCCAUGGACCAGAUCUAUCGCUCUGUUGAAGCUAUGUCACAGCAGUAUCGCAAUAAUACCAAUAACAAUGUUAACCAUAGCAAUCACCAUGGUAAUAAUAGUCUCCAUACCAACAACAAAGCACUAUCUAAGCAGGAUGCACCUAUUGAUCGUCCUCCUCCAGUCCCAACACGCCUGGAUAGUUUCAUUGCCACAAAAAACUUUGGAGAGCAGGAGCCAGCAGCACUGACCAACCAAUCGACUACAUGCACAUGAGCAGGGUCUGACUACCCAAGGCUUGAGGCGGCUAACCCAGAUACAGCAAACUUAAGCUUCAAUUCCGAGCCAGUGUUCUCCGUUUGGAGGGGCUCUCAUCAGCAGCUACCAAGCUACCAUCCCCACCUCCAGCCACAUGACCAGACCAGGGUGAACCAGCAGUUUAACCCAGAAUAUCUUUUCAUCACGGACAGAAAAUCUGCCUCUGAGCAGCAGAAGUCAACAAACAUUUUAAGCCGAUCGCCUCCCCGAGCCAUGAGCCAGCCUGACCACCUGAAGCCCAUACAGCUCCCAAACAAGCCCAGUGGUAGCAGUAACCACUUUGAGAAUCAUCGCAAACGGGCACACUCAGCUGACAAUUGGGUUAGCGCAGAGCCAACCCAAGCAGCAAGCCCCUGGAAUUCCAGACAGAGUUUUAUCAACAGCAGCAUUCAGCACAAGGGUCAAUUCUUUGUCACCGGAGUGUGUAAGCCGUCUGAAUCUGGUAUGAGGACACACUCUUCAUCAGUAUGUGGGUCUGAAACUGGUAGUGAGAGCUCCACUGUGUUGGAGACACACAGCCUAAGAGAAAACGAAAGAUCUCACAGCACAAUGGACAGUUUCUUUAAACCUCUCCAAGAGAGCUCUCGUUCUUCCAGUGGCAUGAUUUCAGAUGAGAAAGAGGCUUUCCAUUCUGUGUCCAGGUGUAAAGAGCUGUUCUCCAGUAGCCAGGACCAGGAGAACUGCAGGUUUUCCCUAACAUCAAUGCAGUCAUCUCAAAGCUUUGAUGCCUUGGAAGAAAUCGACAUGAUGCAUUGUCGAGACAUUGGUCGCCACACUGCCAACAACCCUAUAUUCUACUGUGGACCUGACAAAAACUGCCUUCCUGAUUCAACGAUGAAAAUGAAGGAGGUCACAACGCUAAGCAAUGAACAGACCAACCAUGCCAAGAAAGCGGACCAGGCAAGGAGAGGUAAACGGCAGCCCUUUGCAGAUGUAGCCAGUGAGAAGAUAAACAAAGAAACGACCCCGCUUCUGUACCACCUCACAGGAGCCAGUAGGGCAGCGUUACAGCCAAAAAAGGCUGUUGAUUUCAGUACAAAAGACAAGGACACUAUUCAAAACAAAACAGGAUAUGGCGAUGGGGUGGUUAUGGAUAAUGAGAGACAUCCAAAAAGUGACAAAAGCAAGAAUGAUAAUAAAGGGGAUAUUGUCUCUAGUGCCUGUAACACCUUGGAUGACUCAUUUAAAAAGUACUACAAAGAGAAGCUGAAAGAUGCCCAAUCUAAAGUCCUAAGAGAGACUUCAUUUAAAAGGAGGGACUUGCAGCUGUCAUGGCCACACCGCUUGAGGCAAAAUCUUGAGUUGAGGCCUACUGAUCACACUUUCUCUUCCUCGCAGGACUCUGAGACCUCCACAGACACGAUCACUCCCUCAUUGACCUCUGAGGGGACAGAGAAAAGUAGCAUAAAAGAAGAAAUCAGUGAGAAUCACAAGGAGAUGGAUAAAGAGACUGAAAAGGAAAAUGGAAAACCAGCAAAUGCUGCUCAGCCUCAGGUAGCACGCGUCGGAGGCAGAAGGCGCUUAACUCCUGAGCAGAAGAAGAUGUGCUACUCUGAACCAGAUAAACUCAACCAGCUUGGUAGUGCCCCAGUCCACUCUGCUUGCCGCUCCUUUGGCAACGAAAGUGAUAACGUAUUUGAUGUUGAGGAAGAGGAGCUUGUACAUCAGGGGGACCAGGGACUGGUCGCAGCAUGUAGGAAGAUUUUUGAGACGAGGAGUCGAGCCCUUUCAGCCUCUAGUGCUUCAAAGACGAACCUAAAACAUCUGCAACAAAAGGCCCUGGUGGAGUACAUGGAGCGCAAGACAGGUCAGAAAGUGGCAGAACCACAGCAACCAGCACCUCAGUUCACAACCCCAUCAAGACAGCGGCAUUCUCUAGGGGAGAAGCCAUUUGACUGGGGUGCAAAACCUCUAUCAGGAAACCAGGAAGGUAAAAACAUUAAGAAGAAACUUCACAGACCCCACUCUGCAGGACGAAUCCUUGACUCCUCCACCAGCUCAAUCAGGUAUGCCCAGUUUUUCUCAGCUCAGUCUUGUUCAGGCCAAUAUGCUGGCCAGUCUAAUCAAUCAAGAUGGAGGGAGAGCCAUGGUCCAUCUCAGGGGAAGUCUGCCUCAGUGGAGAGUCUCUUAGACCAGCCUGAAGUGCCUAGUUUCAUCAGGAACAGAUCCAAAUCCACACCACAUGCAUUUCAGGCACUCGAGAAGGAUCUGUUACCUGUUAAUGCUAUGGAAACCUGGAGUCCCCAGAAAAACAAUACAGAGGAUUCCUUAAGAAAGCCAUUACCUGAGGACCAACAGCGUGUCCGUGUGGUUGCACAGAGGGGGAAGUCCAUGGAAGAGCUCGGGGCCUCAAAGUUAACAAGAUUGUCAGCUUUGAGUAAAAGUUCUGAGCAGCUGGAUCAAAUAUCGAGACAUUUGACUGGACCAGGAGGACAGAACAGACACAAAAGGAGUGUUUCAUUCUUUGCUGAAGUCAGAGAGCCCCAGGGACAGGGAGGGAGGAAGAAGCAAAAUGUAACGGAGCAAGCUGACGAGAUGGAGGGUCUGGAGAAGAAAACUCAGGGGCAGACACAAACUCCAACCCAGAAAAAGUCUAUGUUGAAGCAGAACUCAGAACCAGAGCAAGAUGCCUCAGCAGGAACAAGGAACUCUAGUAGAUCCACCUCCCCGGCCUCCCGCUCUUCUUCCCGGGCCAGGGUUCACUCAGGAUCUCCUGGUUUCCACGGUCCUGUCACAGAUGAGUUCAAAUCCAGCAGGCCACCCAGUGAGACUUCAUCUAACCCACCUUCCCCCAGAGGUCCAGAUACCUGCGAGGGGGAGAUGAAAUUCACCUUGUCCACCCCCACCCAGACAAAGCUUUCUUAUGAAACCAGGCCUAGCUCCAGAGUCCGGACCGCUCCUCCUUCUCUGGCCGGAUCAGAGAGAGAGCAGUCAGUGGACGAACCCAGCAAUGAAACCUUAACAGCUGAGUCAAACCAUGAAGUCUCUCUAAGCUGCGGCGUCACCACAGAUCCAUCGCUGUGGACUGUCCCCUCAGAAGAAGAGAUCAAAGACGAAGUCCAAAUCUCAGAGCUGACAGACAACGUUUUUGAAGAGGAGUCCACCACCUCAGCCCCCCCAACAGAGACAAGUAAUACCUCUGUGUCUCUGUCCACCUCCGUCUCAGACACAGAUGUCAGUCAGCAGGUGGAGGAGGAGAAAAAUUCAGAAACAGAAGAUGAGAAGCCCAAAGAGAACCAGGAGCUGGAGGAGAGGGGGACACCAGCGGGAGAGACUGAAACCCAAGACAGGCCCAUUGAGCGACCUAAGUGGGAGGAGCUCGUAGAAGUAGUGGUGAAUGCCGACCAAUCACUGGCCAGAGUGCUUUAUCCACUUACAAAUCGUAAGACAGCGCUGAUGCUGAUGGAGCAGCUGCUAUCAGAGGACACGCUGCUGAUGGAGGAGCACUACAAGAAGAAACAGGAGCAGAGGGAAGGCUGUGAAAGUGCCGAAACAGUUAAAGGGACUGUACCUCCUCCUUGUCCUUCUGCUCCACGCAGCUCCACAUCUCAGAGUACAGACCCGCCGAGCAAAGAUGACCUCACUGAGAAGAAGCAGCAGUUGGUGAACCAUAUCGAGGCACGUCUAAAAUCACUGGAAGAGACCCGUGACACCCUCCAGAUAGAAAUUCAGGACAAUGUGGCCCACGGUGAGACCCUGGAGGUUCUUGUCCGUGAGUGCUGUGUGCCUGUGGAGCAGGAAAGGUACAACCUCUUCAUAGGAGACUUGGAGAGGGUGGUCAACCUGCUGCUGUGCCUCUCUGCCCGGCUGGCCAGGGUACAGAACGCCCUGAGCACAGUGGACCAACACACCGAUGCUGAGGAGAAGCAAUCCCUGGACAGUCGCCAUCGUCUGCUGUGCAAACAGAGGGAGGACGCCAAAGACCUGAAAGAUAACCUGGACCGGAGAGAGAACCUGGUCUCCACCUUCCUCUCUCGCCAGCUGUCGGCCGAGCAGCUGCAGGACUACCGGCGCUUUGUCCAGACCAAGGCGUCGCUGCUCAUCCGGCAGAAAGACCUGGAGGAGAAGCAGAGGCUGGGAGAGGAGCAGCUGGAGGCGCUUUCCAACAGUCUGAAUGUGUGAGGAAGGAGGAGGGACAACGGAAAGCACUGAUUCCUCCUUUCUUUUUUUUUUUAACUUGCCCUGAUGGAGGGAUGAAUGGUUCUAAAGGACAUGCAGAGGAGUUUGGAUGUACAUGUAGACAGUAGUCCAGCAGGUAUCUCCAACCCUUUGCACCGGGUCUUAUGUGCUUAAGAAGAGUUUGACUGGCUAUCGGUAGACCCAUCUUGCUGUCUGCAUUCCUCUCAUAACGCAAUGUCGAACAAGAUAUGAACAAUCAAGACUAUAAAGACUGAAGCUCCUUGCCUUUUUUGUCUCCUACUGAGCAUGCCCAGAUUGCUCAUCUAAUCACCGCCCUUCGUCUUUCGCACAGUCUUCAAGACCUUUACCAAUAUUUUGGACAUGUUUGUAUUGACUUAAAGCAGACGAAUGACAUUUCUUUCUGUGUGCCUUGAUAUCUGCGGAAUGUUUUCCAUUAGUGCUGCUGGUUGGAAACUUUGCGUCCCUUCUUAGCUCCAGCUACUGUCCUCAACUUUUCAUUCAGACGAUAGUUGUUGAAAGCCCUGUAUCUGCACCUGAGGAAACCUUCUAUGAGCUUUAAGAUUGUAUUUUGACCAGUGAGAAGGCUUCAGUUAAAGUGGGUAGCCUGAGAGUGGGCAGUGUACUGUAUCAUGUCAGUGAAAAAUGUACUAUAGAUGUAGUUUAUUUUAAUCUUCUUUUUUUAAUGUACUUUAAGAUGUUUCAAAUUAAGGCACUAAAAACCAAAAAGGGUGAAUGAAAAAAAAAGCACUUUGUACUGAUAUGUGAAUGCACAUUUCAGCAAAAUCCGAUUUGUUUCUGCAUAAUCUCAAGUGAAAGCCUUACUCCAUCCAUUCAAACAAUAUUUCCACUUUACUUCUUUCUCUCUGUUUCUUGUUAUAAUGUUGAAUAGGAAUGUUGUAAUAGUGUUCUGAAAAGGUACAUGAGCACACCCCAGCAACAUUAAGGAAUGUGUCCAAAUUCUUCUCCGGCUUAUUUCAUGCUUAAUGUUAUUAAGUCUUGAUGAUUUCAUGCUGGAACGGUUCCUCAUACGGAAGCAGUAAACCUCUUGAAAGCAGAUUAUAAGUAAGCAACAAUUAUUUCCUUCCAAUGUCUCUUUGUCGCAGGAGUGACACGUGAUACUUGAAAUACUUUUUAAAGAAGUCCACAAUCUUCACUUCAGGUGUCUUAAAACUAAAAUUCUAUUCUCUACCUCCACUGUUUUUCCCCUCUUUAGACACAUGUAAUCUUCAGGUUUAUUUAAAUGAACACUCUGAAUCAAGUUACUUUCCCCUCAUUCUGUCAAGAAUAUCACUUUUUAAAAACUGCUAUACGUCAUUGGCUUCUAUGGUUGUAUUCAUUUCUAUCUAUGGACGUUUUGAACCGUCAGAGUUGUUUUUAGAGGUGUGUGAAGUGUUCCUCUACAUGUGCGGUUUGUGUGUCUUUGCUUGGAAUCAUGAAUGUCUUCACUUUGUGUGUGUAGAGAUUAGUCACAGGAAAGACAGAACUCCUCUUGGUGUUUGCUGUGUAUGAUUGUUUUUUUUUUAAACUCCUUGUAAGUCUUUAAGUGAUCAAAAUCCUCCCUCAGGAAAGCACACCUGUUGGAUUUACUAAAAAAAAAAACAAACAGAUCAAGCGUUUGGGUUGCUUGUUGUUUUAAUGACAUUUAAAUGAUUGUGACCUCAAAGAGGCAAAGCGUCAUCAACAGAUAUAACAAACUCAAAAAUAAAAAUACAUCAGUAACUUGUCAACAAUGUAAAGAAAAAUAAACAACUAAAACCAGUUUUUCCACAGACACUAGAAACCCCUCUACACCUUCACCCCUAAAGCAUUUCUUUGGAGAUUUAGGUCCGGCCUGUUUCAGUUUGCUAAACAAAUGUAUGUUUGUUUUGGCUUUAGUGCUGACGCAGGGCUGAAGGGGUAGAAAGACUCAUGUUGUUUCCUGAAGCCUGCAGGAAUUCCUGAAAGUAUGCAAAAGACAGACUUUUUUUGGAAUAAGAAAGAAAGACUGGGGAAGAAAGUGUGAGGGAAAAGCUCCCACAAAAGGAGCAGCACAUGGAGAAAUAAUCCUUUUAGUUCUUGCUGCGUGUGCAUGCAUACUAACAAAUGUUUGACAAAUUCCCGAGUCAUUUCUCAUUUCUGUCUUUCAAUCAAAGCAGUGCUUUGUCAUGGUCGCCGUUAAUUUUUUUAAUUGGAUAUUUGUUUAUGUGGGCUGUUUGUUGUUUGUUUCAAGAACUGGAUGCAGUGCAACAUUAAUACGAGCAGAACUUGUUUUAAAACCGUGAUGGAAGCCACAUUUUCAGCUGUAUUUCCAUGACUUUUGAGUGUGAGUUGUUUUUUUUUGUGCCUGUUUGGAGUUAUAAAUUCCAUGAUGUUUGUAAUAUUGUGAAUAAAUUAAGCUCUCCCUCUCUA